AUGGGGCUGUCACUGGGGGUGGUGGUGAUCUGGGUGUCACUGCAGGGGUGCGGGGCCCGUCCGGCGCCCACCCCGCCCGCCGUGCCCUGCAGGAGGCUGGCGCUCAAGUACCACCCGGACAAGAACCCCGAUGACCCGGCGGCGGCCGAGCGCUUCAAGGAGAUCAACAGCGCCCACGCCACGCUGAGCGACGAGGACAAGCGCCGUCUCUACGACCAGUACGGCUCCCUGGGGCUCUACGUGGCCGAGCAGUUCGGCGACGAUGCCGUCAAGCACUACUUCCUCAUGUCCAAGUGGUGGUUCCAGGCCCUGGCUCUGUGCUGCAGUGCUCUCACCUGCUGCUGCUGCUGCUGUUGCUGCUUCUUCUGCUGCGGGACGUGCUGCCCGCCAAAGGAGGACGAGUCUUACAAGUAUGUCGACCCCAAGGACCUGGAGGAGCAGAUGCACGCAGAGGACAGCGAUCCACAGAUACCUGUUGUGGCACAGCCCCCGCCUGCCAGCACAGAGCCCUUGCCAGCUGUCAGCACCAGGACUGAUGCCUGAGGCUGGCCUCAGUCCCACCGGCUCCCCCAGGAAUUGGGGCAGGGAUCCUCCUUCGGCACUGUCACUUUCCGGGACCCCGGUCACACCACCCAUGGUGGCUCUCCAGCCUCAGGGUGGCUAGAAUCUCAGGUUAAUUUGGCCAGCAUCAACGCAGAGGCUCUUCUGCCCCUGCUCAAGCUCCAGAGUGAUGCUCCUGUCUCCCAGUACUGGUGGUGGAAGUGGCCUGGAGCCCAUGCUGCUGUGCCCCAUCCCCAGUGCCUCGCCUGCUGCUGUGCCUCCGCCUGGCCCCAGGCACUGGCAGCUGGCCUGAGCAGCCACGAGCAGAGACCUCUCCAGGCCAGGCUCCAUAGCUUAUGAGAGGUAGCCGAGCAUA